CUGGAUCAGAGGAGAUCUCAGUCGGAACCAGAGAGGAGAGGCGGUCUGUCGGCAUCUCUGCAGCCUCCCCGCCGCUUCACCAUGGAUCUGCGGACUAUAAAGUUGUUUGGGAUUACCGCUCGGGUCGCCCUGCUGCUGUGCGGAGUGAGCGGGACAGCAGCGCAAGAGGUGUGUGACAGCGCUCUGGUUUCCAAUCUACCGCCGUCAUCCUUCAGGAGCUCCUCCCAGCUGUCCAGCAGCCAUGCACCGGGUUUCGCCAAGCUCAACCGGAGAGACGGCGCUGGAGGCUGGUCUCCUCUUAGUUCGGACAGGUAUCAGUGGCUGGAGGUCGACUUGGGUGAGCGAACCAAGAUCACAGCUGUCGCCACUCAGGGCCGCUAUGGCAGCUCUGAUUGGCUGACGUCUUACCAACUGAUGUUCAGCGACACGGGACACAACUGGAAGCAGUACAGACAGGAGGACAGCAUAGGGUCUUUUCCAGGUAACUCUAACGCAGACAGUGUGGUUCAGUACAAGCUGCAGCAGCCUGCAGUCGCUCGCUUCCUGCGCCUCAUUCCUCUGGACUGGAAUCCCGCUGGGCGGAUCGGACUGCGCCUGGAGGCCUACAGAUGUCCGUACACCUCAGAUGUGAUGAGCUUCGACGGCGGCAGCAGCCUGACGUACCGACCGGGUCCAGUGCCGAGACAGGGGUCGAAACAGGUCAUCUCCCUGAAGUUCAAAACCCUGAGGAACUCCGGGACACUGCUGCACGCCGAAGGGCGGGAAGGGUCGGUCCUCAGCCUGCAGCUGGAGAGGGGGAAGCUACAGCUGCUGCUCAGACAAGGCACCUCUUCGUCCUCUGAGCCCCGUCGGCUGACGUCCGUCGGCAGCCUGCUGGACGACCAGCACUGGCACCUCGUCGUCCUGAGACAGAGAAACUCCCAACUCAACCUCACUGUGGACCGACACACAGAGACGGUCCAAACCGAUGAAGAGUUCAGCCUCUGGGACGUCAAACUGCUGAUUGUAGGAGCGUCGCAGAAUCCAGAUGCCGCCAGGAAAAACUUCCAGGGCUGCCUGGAAAACCUGAUGUACAACGGUGUUAACGUAACAGAACUAGCUAAGAACAACGACCAGCAGGUUAGCAUAAAGGGCAACGUGACCUUUUCCUGCGCCGAGCCGGUUCACGUUGCCGUGACGUUCCCGGGACCCCACAGCUUCCUCCAGUUGCCGUGGACGAUGCCAUCCGCGUCAUCGGGGAUGUCCGUAGGGUUUCAGUUCAGGACGUGGAACGAGGCCGGGCUUCUGCUCACCUUUGACCUCCCAAGGCAAGGAGACGAGGUGUGGCUGUACCUGGCGGAAGCGAGACUCCGCCUGCAGAUCCAGAGAGGAGGCAGAGCGCUGCUGGAGCUCAGCGCCGGAUCUGGAUUGAAUGAUGGUCAGUGGCAUUCGGUGGAUCUGACCUCCAGGCGCGGCCGCCUCACCGUCUCUGUGGACAAACAGGAAACUGGCGUCGCUCACGCGUCUCCCUCGUUUCCUGUCUCGGUGUCAAACCAGAUCUUCUUUGGAGGAUGUCCUGCUGAAGAUUAUAACCAGGAAUGUAAAAAACCUCACGACACUUUCCAGGGCUGCAUGCGUCUCCUCGCUUUGGACAACCAGCCAGUCGACCUCAUCAUGGUGCAGCAAAGGCUUCUGGGAAACUACAGCCAACUCCAGAUCGACAUGUGCGGCAUCAUCGACAGGUGCUCUCCCAGUCACUGUGAACAUGGCGGCCUCUGCAGUCAGACCUGGACCGUCUUCCACUGUAACUGCUCCGACAGCGGCUACAGUGGCGCCACCUGCCACAGCUCGGCGUAUGAGCAGUCCUGUGAAGCGUACAAACACAGCGGCAACACGUCAGGAUAUUUUUACAUCGACGUGGACGGCAGCGGACCCAUCAAGCCACAGCUGGUCUACUGCAACAUGACAGAUGAGAACACCUGGAUGGUGCUCCAGCACAACAACACAGAGCUGACCAAAGUUCGACCCUCUCCGGGGGAAAUCCAGCAUUUGAUUCAGUUUGACUACAUGUCUGAAGAGGAGCAACUAGCUGCCAUCAUCCACCAAUCAGAGCAUUGCCAACAGGAACUGUCCUAUCAGUGCAGGAAGUCCCGCCUACUCAACACUCAAGAGGGGUCUCCGUUCAGCUGGUGGCUCGGCGGGCCCGGAACCGGACUGGUCCAGACGUACUGGGGAGGAGCUCAUCCCGGCAGCCAGCAGUGCGCCUGCGGCCUGCAGGGCGACUGCGUGGAUCCACAGCUUUACUGCAACUGUGACGCCGACCGGAUGGAGUGGAGCGAAGAUGCGGGUUUUAUUUCCCAUAAGGAGAGCCUGCCGGUCCGAUCGCUGGUGCUCGGUGACGUUCAGAGGCCCGGUUCAGAAGCUGCUUACAGGGUGGGAUCGCUGCAGUGCCAUGGCGACAAAAACUUCUGGAACGCGGCGUUUUUCGACCAGGAGACGUCGUACCUCCACUUCCCCACCUUCCACGGAGAGCUGAGCGCAGACGUCUCCUUCUUCUUUAAGACCACUGCUUCCUUCGGGGUGUUCCUGGAAAACCUGGGCAUCAAAGACUUCAUCCGCAUCGAGCUGAGCUCCUCCACUCAGGUUGUCUUCUCCUUCGAUGUUGGAAACGGCCCACUGGAGGUUAGCGUUGAGUCGAGUUACCCGCUCAACGACGACCGGUGGCAUCGCGUCCGAGCCGAGCGGAACGUGAAGGAGGCGUCGCUCCGUCUGGACGACCUUCCAGUCGCCACCCAGGAGGCUCCAGCUGACGGACACAUCCACCUGCAGCUCAACAGCCAGCUCUUUCUAGGAGGCACGGCGUCCAGGCAGAGGGGUUUCAGAGGCUGCAUCCGCGCUCUGCAGCUGAACGGUGUUACUCUGGACCUGGAGGAGAGGGCAGAGAUGACGCCCGGCGUUCGGCCCGGCUGCCCGGGUCACUGCAGCAGCUACGGCUCGCUGUGCCAGAACCAGGGCCGCUGUGUGGAGAGAGCCACUGGCUUCCACUGCGACUGCAGCCUGUCGGCUUACACUGGAGUCUUCUGCCAGACAGAGGUGUCAGCCGACUUUAAAUCUGGGACGUCGAUCAGCUACGCCUUCAAAGAGCUCGGCGAGCUGAGCAGAAACGGCAGCGACCUGCCCUCCUCCAUCUACUCUGACCCGCUUCCCAGAGGAGAAAACGUCUCUCUGAGCUUCAGGACGACUCAGAGUCCGGCGCUGCUGCUCCACGUCGGCUCCCACUUCAACCAGUAUCUAGCUCUGCUCAUCAACAGGCACGAUGAGCUGGAGCUGAGGUACAAGCUUGACGGCGGCAGAGCUGCAGAGGUGCUGAGCAGCAGCAUGAGGGGGCUGGCCAACGGGCUGCUGCACACCGUUACCAUCAGGAGGUCGGCCGACUCCGUGGCCAUGCAGAUCGACGGUAACGCCAGAGAGGACUUCAACCUGAGCUUCGCUGGAGAACUCGGCAGCCUCAGGUCUCUCGUUCUGGGCCGAGUGCCGGAUUCGGACUCCUUGGAUCCGGACCUGGCUCGGCUCGGCGCGCUCGGCUUCGCCGGCUGUCUUUCUGUGGUUCGGUAUAACUCCAUCAGCCCUCUGAAAGCGGCUCUGCUCCACCCGGACACCAGCCCAGUCGUCGUCCUCGGACCUUUGGUCCGGUCCAACUGCGGCUCGUCAGCUUCAGCCAAUCCCUACUCAGCUGAGAACACGCACCACCUGUCAGACCAGUCUGGUUCUGUUGGUUCUGGUCAGCCUCUGGUGAACGCCAUGAAGUCGGACUCGGCAUUAAUCGGAGGUGUCAUAGCGGUCGCCAUCUUUGUGAUCGUUACCGUCUUCGCCAUAACCGCCAGAUUCCUCUACAGGAGAAAAGAGACGUAUCGGAGUCGUGAGGUCAAGGCGGCCAAGCAGGAAGAGAGCCAAGAUUUCCACUACAACAACCAGACUGAGGGCCGGAAAAACGCCUCUGGUGAAAACGCAAAGGAGUUUUUCAUGUGAGCGGAGGCCGACGCUCCGGUGUUCAUCCAGGAGGAGGCCGCGGACAGAACCGCGCCUCCGGACUUCACGCUGCACUACGAGCCACUUACUCUCUUUAAUGGAUGCAAAAAUGGACUCGUAAAAACACGGAACAGCACACAGUUUUGACCUUUACUGUAUAUUGUGUAAAUAUGGAGCUGAGUUGUUCACAUCCUUGUUUAAGCAACUGUAAAUAUUAAAAAUGUAAAUGUGAACAUUGGUGGAAGGUGGUUUUAUGGGCUGUUUUAACUUCUGUGUUUGUGAUGUUCCUGACGUGAGUUUUAGGGCCACAUGACGAAAAUAAAACAUUUACAGUUACAGAAUAAAGUCAUAAAACUGAAAUAUAUCAAAAUAAAGUCAUAACAUUAAGACUUCAUUCUUGAAAUAUGACUUCAAAUAUUUCCACUUUAUUCUCCUAUUAUUUU